AUGAAGCUUUUGUCUGGCAUAGCGCUGUUUGCUCCUUUGGUCUCGGCUCUCCAGAACUCCGUGAUACCAGGAUGGGAUCUGCAGUCGACAACAAAGGCAGGCGAUGACCUUGUCAAGUUGUCUGCUCCAGGGUACGACUCGUCUUCGUGGUACAGCAUCAGUGCUCGAAGCACCGUCUUCGCCGGGUUGCUAGAAGCUGGAGUCUACGAUACUGAACAGCUGUUCUACUCGAAGAACCUACAGACUACUGUUGACUACCUGCCGUACUACAGUCCAUGGCUAUACCGCUCGGAGUUCACUCUGAAGUCUGAACAAGGCUCGCACUUCUUCCUGCAGACUCACGGCAUCACUUCCAAAGCGGACAUCUACCUUAACGGCCACAAGGUCGCCGAUAAGAGGUUGCAGGCUGGUACUUACGGCGGCCACACAUACGACAUCUCUGAUAUAGCUGGAGACAGCAAUGCCUUGCUGAUUCAAGCCUAUCCGACCGACUACGACAAGAACUUCGCUCAAGGCUUCGUGGACUGGAAUCCGUAUCCGCCUGACAAUGGCACUGGGGUGUGGCGAGAUGUCAAUGUCAAACAGACCGGGUCUCUGUUCAUGGGUCGGCUGCGUGUUGUGCACGACUAUAAGCCGGGUGUCAGCAAUGUCAGGGUGACUCUCAAGGCUGACGUCACCAACCUCGAGGACGCAGAAGUCAGCGGAGCGCUGGAGGGUGCGAUCGACGGCCAUGGCUGCAAGCCGAGCGGCGGUAUGAAGCAAAACUUCAAGCUGGGACGGAAAGAGACUCGAACGAUCUCUACUUCAGCCACGAUCAAGGAUGCCAAAAUCUGGUGGCCUCACGCGUGGGGUGAUCAGCCACUCUACACAGCUAAUGCUGCCGUGCAUGUCCACGGUGCACUGUCCGACCAAGCAGAUCAGGUAGACUUCGGAAUACGCCACGUCUCGAAGGAAGUGAAUUCGCACAAUGACACGAUCUUCUUCGUAAACGGACAUCCUUUCCAGGUCCUGGGUGGUGGGUACGCAAGUGAUAUGUUCCUGCGGUGGGACGAGAAGAAGUUCGAAGCUCAGGCUCGGUAUGUGCUUGACAUGGGCCUGAACACCAUUCGACUAGAGGGCAAGGAGGAGCAGCCGGAGCUGUAUGCGAUCGCUGAUCGUAUCGGGCUGAUGGUCAUGGCGGGGUGGGAAUGCUGUGACAAAUGGGAGGCUUGGAAGUACAACGACCAAGUCACCGCAACGCUCUGGAACGACAACGACUACAGUACUGCCGACUACUCGAUGCGUAACGAAGCCACCAUGCUGCAGACGCACCCAAGCGUGCUUGCCUUCCUCGUUGGCAGCGAUUUCUGGCCUGAUGAUAGAGCAACCGCCAUUUAUCUCGACGCCCUCGAUGAUCUCGACUGGCAGAACCCGAUAAUAUGUUCGGCCGCCAAACGUGGCUACCCAGAAUCCCUUGGCCCGUCUGGGUUGAAGAUGGACGGGCCGUACGACUGGGUGCCGCCGAACUACUGGUAUGGUGACCAACUCGGCGCGGCGUUCGGUUUCGGCUCCGAGCUGGGCUCUGGUGUUGGUACGCCUGAAAUGGGCAGUCUUACCAAGUUCUUGAGUGGCGAUGAUCUUAACGAUCUCUGGACGAAGCCGCGGAAGGGGUUGUACCACAUGUCCACCAAUGUGUCGGCUUUUUUCGACAGGCACAUCUACGACAAAGGACUCUUUGAGAGAUACGGCGAGCCCAAGAGUCUCGAGGACUACUUGCUCAAGGCCCAGAUCAUGGAUUACGAGGCAACACGAGCUGAAUUCGAGGGCUACUCAGCCAAAUGGAAUGCCGACCAUCCAGCGACCGGUGCGAUCUACUGGAUGCUCAACAAUGCUUGGCCGAGCUUGCAUUGGAACCUGUUCGACUACUACUUGCAUCCAGCUGGCGCCUACUUUGGGACGAAAGUGGGCAGUCGCAUCGAGCAUGUCGCUUAUGGCUACGACGAAGGCAACGUCUACCUUAUCAACCAUUCUCUGGACAAGAAGGGUAGCCGGAAGAUCGAAAUCGAGCUUAUGGAUACUGACGGAGAGGUUCUCGCCUCAAAAGCCGUCUCCGCGAAGACAGAACCCAACACAAGCAAAGUCGUAUCCCCCGUGCCUGGUCUGGAAAAGAUCAAGGAUGUGGCGUUCCUACGUUUACUGCUUUCCAAUGCAGACGGUGAAGCGCUCAGUCGGAAUGUCUAUUGGCUCGCGACGAAGAAUGACAAGCUCAACUGGGACAAGUCAUCCUGGUUCUCCACUCCCGUCUCUGAAUGGGCAGACCUGACUGCGCUGGACGACAUGAAGACAGCAUCCGUGUCGGCUGCAGUCAAGUCUACGUCUUCGACGAGCUCGACUGUCUCCUUGCACAACACGGCAGAUGUACCUGCCUUCUUCAUCCGGCUCAAUCUCGUCGACGGCAAGGGAGAUGAUGUCAAUCCAGUGCUGUGGACGGACAACUAUGUCACGUUGUGGCCAAAAGAGAAGCUGGAACUGGAGGUGACUUAUCCUGCCGACGCUGGGGCUGUGUCCGUAAAGAUGAGUGGUGGUAAUGUUGGUAAGUAA